AUUUCUACCUCCAUCAACACACUGUCGAUCAUCAGUGUCGUCUUCUUCUCUCGCGCAAGCAUCUCGUUAGUUGUUGCUGCAAUAUCCGCGGCAUCUCCCUCUCCAAUCGUCAUUAUUUGUUUCUCGUCCACAUUCGCUACUCCGUACACUGCGCGCAAUUCGAACGUCCCCCCCGCGUGAUAUACGGCUAUUCUCUCACACCAACACCACAUCAAACGACAGCUACUCUAAGAAUACUACAUUAGUGUUCAGAUCAACCUCCUGGUAUCCUACGGGUACAGGUUGGGGAUUUGACGAGAUGGCGUCCCCUUCGCAGUCGGUUCAUCCUCUACGCAUCCAAAAGGGUACUCCAUCAGCAUCACCUUCAAAAAUGCGAAGUUCUUUGCCACGACCUCUAUCAGAACUCGCUCCAACGGAGAAGAGGAGAAACUCCCCCAGUUUUGAUCAAACCACAAAGAAGAUAAUCAGUGGGGGCUCGUCUCCCUUCCAGUCCUCUCCAUUCAGUGUCUCCGAAAAAACAACGUCGCCCCGACUAUUCUGGAAAUCCCGCGACCCAACGACGCCAAACCGCUUAAACAUCGAGAAUGGCCCAUUUGGUGGAAAGGAGACGUCACCAUCGCUGACUCGAAGAUCUUCUAUUGAGAGACUUCAACGCGCAUCACGCGUCAAGAAUAGCAAUAUGUUCGCACGCGAACAAAAACAAGAGUAUGAUCCAGCAUCUGUACCCGUUGUCGAGAGACCUCUCGCAAAACAAGUACACGGCAACGCAUAUGGAGGAGCCGGGCUUGAGGGGUUGCGAACUGCAGAACGUGCACGCCCAUUUGGACACCAACGAACUGACAGUAAGACCAGUAUCCCUGUGUACAAUCCCACCAAAUCUCCGCUCAAGACGGUCGCCAAUGGAACACCAUCACCAAGCAAGGACCAAGUUUCUCCUAUGAAGUCUUCUAUGUCAUCAAGAUCGUUCAACCCGAAGUCCAGCUCCGAUGCCGACAAUGCUAUAUGGUCAGAGGAGAAUUCUGCCGACGAGCGGGAACUUCCUCCCGGUAGGAGUCUACACAGGCACGCAAAGAGCGUUACCUUUGAUGCUGCCCCUCCUCAAAUAAACGAAUAUGAAAUGGCCACACCAGAUACAUCCUCAAUUGGGACUGGCUCACGGGAAAACAGCUAUGAUUCCGAAGAAGAGGAAGAUGAAGAUAGUUACAACCGUGGAGAUUCUGCAGACCAAGAAGAUAGCUUCGAUGCCUCGCUUGAGGAUACAGACAAGACUCCAGUCGUUGGACCCGAAGAUUGGAGGCAUGCGAGCCCAGCUACGCACAGCAGUGGCAUUGUGUCAGGAUGCUUCGAAGAUCCUUUUGAUGAUCCUGAAGGUAGUCCAAUGCCCGAUGCUCGUACCCGUGCAGACUCACUUAACUCCAAUGGUGACCCUCGACCCCUGCCGCCAUUGCCUGGUAUGAACCGCAGAAGAGCCAACUCAAGUUCCGUAGUAGAGCGUGUUUCAAGCUCUCAGAGAAAUCUCCCGUCUCCUCCAGAUGCCGCUUUCAUCAGUAAAGCAGACACCCAUGACACAAGUAGUAGCCAAAUGACACUGGAAGAAAGACUACGCUUAAUGAUGAUUCAAGACGAAGAACCUCCGAAAGCCGUCGCCGAAGAACCAGGAGAACGUCGGACAAGUACAUCCGAGCCCCGCGAGAGGAGCAGCCAGACCCCUGAGCACGAGCAGCCUAUAGAUAUCUAUGAAGACGAAGACGCUCUGGAUGAUCUUCCUGGCUUGGGCACCUACCAGUUGCCAGCUCGUAUCUCACGAGAGUCUAUAUUACGCAAGGUUGAUGGACACGAGACAUUCUCGCAAGACUCGGAUUACAACUUUUCGUCCCCGGGACCCAGCUCGAGCCCUGGACGUAUUGUUUUGCCUGAUCCCGACACUCCCAUUCCAUCGACUGAGGACCCAUCGAUUCUCGAGGAGGACAAUGCAGAUGAUAGUGUCAUAAUUAAGGCCGAGCCCGAUGACGAUGAUGAGGUAGAUAUUUAUGCUAUUGCUGAAAUGUACCAGAGCUCACCGUCGAGGAUGAGUGAUUAUGAUGAGAAUGAGGAGUCUGUCAUACAUCAUGAUGUCUCAUCUGGAAAUGUUCUAGAGAGCGAAGAUUUGGAUCCCACGGUCUCAAAUCAGAGCCCUCAGCCGCAGUCAAAUAAUGACACGAAAGAUGAUGACCCAUUGACUCCUCCAGAUAGCGAGCCUUCAGCCAGCAACAGCUCUAAUCCGGAGAAGGAUGAUACGAAGGAUUCGCUUCCUGCGGCUUCCGAUUUGAACAGCAAUGACUUUCGGUCCAGUCUUCAAGCUUACAUGUCGCCUUCUCCACCUCCAUUGCCAAAGGAUGCUGAGGAAUUGAAGGAAAAGCGUAUCUCCAUGCAAGAUGCUCACGAGUAUCUACAGCGACCGGAAACUCCUAGACAGCGCCAAGAACCUACCUCAAAACCAGAGUACGACGGAACUGGCUGGGGCCCCGACGAGGAAGAUGAAAUUGAUUCUGGAACUCCAGAGUCUGUUAUUCAUCACUCUAUUACUCCCUCGCCGCCUCCUGCUUUACCUGUUAUCGAUGAGCAGAUUGCGACAAUCAAGUCAUCAGCUGGUUCAAAGCUGAAGACCAGGCCAUCUGCCACUCCCUCAGAUAUAGUAGCCAUGCGCGAAUUGAGACGACAAGUCAGUGGCGAGACACCAUCUAUCCCCCCAAUUCCACAGCGACAUCAGAAUCGUCCCUCCCUCAGCAUCGAACGUGAAACUAGUGAAGGAGGUGAUGGUGAGACGAUGGAAAGAAACUCAAGUUUCAAGAAAAAGAGUUUGACUCUAGACAUUGGCAACGAUCUCGGGUUGAGUCUUGACAAAGAUUUCGACCGUGUCAUUGAAGCCCAAAAGCGCGGUUAUCUGAUGAGACAAAAUACGAAAGUUGUUGUUGCAAGUAGUGAUAUUGACAAAGGCACACGCUCGGCAGGUAACUCACCAGUGAAGAAGGACCGUCCUCAAUCCUGGACGGUUGAGCCUUGGAAUGGCCAGACGCGUAGAGCCAGUGCUCGGAGUGCAUCGGGCUCUCGUAAGAGGCCUGUGACGGGUCCAGUACCACCCCUGCCUGGUCAGGAAAGCAACGUAGCCGGACUGGGUAUGGUGACGGAAGAAUCAGGAUCCACCGGUCAACCUGAUAGUGGUGAAAGAGGAAGACUUUUUGUGAAGGUCAUUGGUGUAAAGGAUCUGGACUUGCCGUUGCCCAAGAAUGAGCGAACUUGGUUCAGCCUCACCCUUGACAAUGGUGUGCAUUGUGUCACUACUGCCUGGCUUGAGCUCGGAAGAAAUGCACCUAUUGGCCAAGAAUUUGAGCUUGUCGUGCCAAAUGAACUUGAAUUUCAAUUGACACUCAAUGCAAAGCUUGUUAAGCCACCACCAAAGCGUGUCGUCGAGUCUCCGACCAAGAAAGUACAGAAACCUUCGACUUUCAGCCGGGUUUUUACAUCACCAAAGAAGCGCAAGGAGCUGGAAAUGAAACAGAAGGAAGAAGAAGAGCGAAUGGCAUAUCAAAGGGAACGCGAUGCCCUGGUUAAGAGGUUAUCAUCACAACCUACAGCAUGGGAUCUCCUAUCUCCUCUGGCGGCUGAGGAUGGAAGCUUUGGACGAUCUUAUGUGUGCCUCAAGGAUCAUGAGGCACGCUGCUACGGGCGUCCUUACGUGGUUGAUGUGGCAUGCUUCAAUGAGUGGGCGACAGAGGAAGCCAGUUCCUCGUCAAGCGCGAGAAGCAAGCGCGGGAGCACCCACGUCCAACGACGAGCUCCCUACAAAGUUGCCAAGCUCGAGCUGCAACUCCUGUUUGUGCCGAGACCCAAGGGCGCUACUGAUGCUGAUAUGCCCAAGAGUCUAAAUUCUUGCAUCCGAGAGAUGAAGGAAGCCGAGCUCGCAGUCUCUCGAACCUGGGAAGGCCAUUUGAGUCAACAGGGUGGUGACUGUCCGUACUGGCGCCGCCGCUUCUUUAAACUCCAAGGAUCUAGGCUCACAGCGUACCAUGAAUCGACUCGACAACCACGUGCGACGAUAAAUCUAGCCAAUGCAUGUAAACUCAUUGAUGAUCGCCGAGCUCUUACCCAAAAGGAAACUAGUGGGAAGGGUGGCAAGCGUCGCAAGUCUGGUUUUGCAGAAGAGGAAGAAGGCUAUAUGUUCGUUGAAGAGGGAUUCCGAAUCCGCUUUAACAAUGGUGAAGUGAUUGAUUUCUAUGCUGACACCGGUGCCGACAAAGAAGGCUGGAUGAAGGUUCUCGAUGCAUGUAUUGGGAAAGAGGGCGAUGCUUUAAAGAGCGGCUGGUGCGACCUGGUAUUAAAGCGAGAAGAGAGCUUAAGGAGGCGGGCCGGACAAACCAAUGGAGAGACUGGAAAGAGACCGCAUCAGCGGACAAAGAGCAUGAUUGUCUGAAUUGAUUGAUGACGGACAAUCAGCUUAUGAUGGAUCAUGUCGCUAUGGCUUUUAUGAUGCCUACGGCGUUCAUCCAUACCUUUUUUCUUUUUUUCGAUCUUCUCCGGUAUUCCGUCAGGCGUUACACGAUUCGACAUCAUAAUCUUACCUUCUCGCCCUGGUGGCUUUUAUUUGCGAUUGCAUACAAUCGUUUCGGUUGGAUCGCUUUGUUGAUUGGUUAGCGAGAGGGGACGAGAGUGUAGGAGUGUCUGAAUGGAUUGUCGUAUGGGAUGGGGCGUGUUGCGUUGGGGCGUAAUACUUGCUCUGGCUGUUCUUGUUUGAGUUUAAGUGGACUGCUUUGUACCUCGGAUGAGGAAUGAGAAUGGACAAAUAAUGGAAAUAAUGUC